CCUCACCUCCCUUUUUUGACUCUGGAAAAUCAAAGCAUGCAUCUUUCAAGUUUAGCAAUAUCAUAUUUUGAAGGAGAGAAUACAACAAUGGUACCCUACCACCUUGCCUAUCAGAGGUAACCGGAUGACGAGCCCCUAGCCAGCUUAAACCGCUCGAUCUUGGUCCGAACUAGAUCUAGUUUUGCGCCGCAUCAUUGAUCAGACGCCAACUCAGACCAACCAACUUGACCGCGUGCCCGGUUUAAAAAAACAUCAUUUGAACUUCGCAAAUUCUUGAAGCAGCCUCUCUUGUUUUUAUUUUUAAUACUUUACAAUUUUUGGUUUUUUUGUCUUUCGCAAAACGCCGACAGGCAGACUCCGCGCCGGCCGCCGCGUCUCUUUCAGAUUCAUAUCCCACCAUGGCGCAGAGCAACCCGCCCGAGUUCAUCCUCGAGGCCUUUGCCGAUCCCACCACAGUACAAGAUGUAGUUCGCGGUAUCCUGCACACAAUAUUCUUCCAUCGAUUCUUCCCGACCCUGACCCCGCAGACGCGCGACGUACUCGACCUGACCUUACCCCUGGUCGACGAUGUCGAGCUCGAGACCAUGAUCGACCAGCGCGUCGCCGCACUCGCCCGCCAGCUCGACAAGCAGCCCCACGGCGGCGGAGGCUCCUCGGGCAGGGGCCAGAUCUCUGUCCAGUUCUUCGAGAAGAAGCGCCGCAAGACCUGGCUCGCCAUGAGGGGCGAGGAGGAGGUCUGCUGGGAGUGCUGGACCGUUAAGGUCACAGUGGCUGAGCCCAGGACUGAGAGUGAGCGCGCAAAGGUCCGCAAGGCUACCGAGGCUACCUUGCUGGCAAGCACCAUGAAAAUAAUCACCUUCGUCAACACACACAAGGAUCACAUACCGCCCAUAACUACCACCAACGCGAACCCUUUCCCAUAUCAGAUAUCCGUCAACCAGCAAGAGUCUGGCUGGACCGGAAGGAUACAGGGAAUGUAUUGAUACGAGAGGAUUACUGCCUUCCUGUAAUUACGGCACUGGAACCAGUCAGAAGAUCCGCCAGAGGAUUACUCCGGAGGAAUAGGUCAACAGAGUCACGGGUAAAUAAAUGGCAGUAUCACAGAAGUAAAGCAAUCAGACACAUUAGCGGG